AUGGCGAAGGAGAAACGCCCAGGACGUCAACGCCCUGCGACUGCGACUGCAAGCAUGGAAGUGGAGUCGACCAAGAAGCCGCCGACCACCUCAGGUUCUUUGGCAGGGAGCCCUGCUGAGACGCCAACCUCGACGACAGGGAAGCAAUCCCGCAUAGAAGGAAAUUCAGGGCCUACUGACUCUGCUUCGAAUGAAUCAAUGAGUGACGAGGAUGAAUGGAUAGAGAUUGAAGAGGAGUAUAACGAGAUUGAUCAAUCAGAAAAGGUUGAUAUGGAUGAUGAAGUGACUGUGUCUGAUCUAGACAAUGGUUUAGGUGAAGGUUAUAGCCAUGAAGAUGGUAAGGUGGUGUCAAAGAAAAGAAAGAAGGCUGGAGUUGCUGUUGCUUUGGUAAAGGUCAAGGAGAAGAAAACGAGAAAGAAACGUGUAGAAUGUUGGAAGUAUUUCAAGUUGGUCAAUGCCGUGUUAAAGAGGAAGCCUGAUGAAGUUGUUGUGCAGGCGAAGUGCUUGUACUGUUUUGGGCUGUAUGUUUAUGCUGGAGGCACUACUAGUAUGAAUAGGCACAACAAAUCUUGUGCACAAAUACUGAAUCAGAAGGCAAGAGCAUUACGCCAAGGUACGAUUGCAUUUGAUCCACAAAAGCCAGGUGCUUCUCUUAUAGUUAACAAUGAAUAUGAUCAUGAAGAAUGCACAAGGAUCAUAGCUAAGAUGAUAAUUGUGCAUGAAUACCCGUUUAGGAUGGCAGAGCAUGCUUGGUUCAAUAUUCUUAUGAAAUAUAUGAAUGCUUCCUACAAGUUCAUUGGUAGAAAGACUAUUAGAGCUGAAUGCAUGAAGAAUAUUUGCUAUCUAGCUGUGGUUGCUCACUACAUAGAUGAUAGUUGGAAAAUGCAGUCUCGUGUGCUAAAUUUUGUGGAAUUAGAUCCACCACACUCGGACAUUAUCAUAGCUCAGGAUGUAUUUGAAUGCCGCCAAGAAUGGAAGAUAGAAGACAAAAUCAUCUCUCUUACCAUGGAUAAUGCAUCUUCCAAUGAUGUUGCUGCUAGCAAGUUGAUGGAUAGGGAGAUUGUCAAGUACUUGAAAAAGUCUCCAUCACGCAUGUAUAAAUUCUUGGGUACUUACAAGUCUCUAAAAAUUGCUGUUGGGAAAGGAUUGUGCCUAGAUGUCUCAACCAGAUGGAGUUCUACACAUAGAAUGUUAGAGUCUUGCACCGUGUACAAUGUUGCUUUGGCUGAAUAUGCACAAUCAGAUUCUCAAUACAAGUGGCUGCCUAGUAAUGAAGAUUGGGAAUUUUAUGCCAAUAUUGAACCCAUCUUGAGAUCAUUUGCUGAGGUUACUACCAUUCUAUCCGGAUCAAAUUAUCCCACUGCUAACAUAUUUUAUCCUUAUAUCAUGAAUGUCAAGAUUGCCAUAAACAACCAUGCUAUGAAAAAGGAUGAUGAGAAUUUGAAUGCAAUGGAUAAGGAACCUGAUGUUGAAGAAGAUGUGGAGUUUGUACCAUUCCCUACAGAUUCUGCUCAUGUUGAAAGCAACUAA